GUGUUUUUGCAGCUACCUGCCGUGUGCGUAUCCCGUUGCCAUGACAUCGGAGAGCGACGACGAGAUGGACAGCAUUGUUGGGCGGGCCUUUGCUGGGACAGAGUCCAACGUUGGGUCGUGCGAGGGUGCUACCCCAACACGCCUCUUCUCCGUGAACUCGAGCUGUGAGUCCCUCCACGCUGAGGAAUGCCUGCGGCGGCGGCUCAAGUUUCACUUUCUGGACCCGCUUGACAAGUGGCGUGCGCGUCACCGCUGUCCGUGGAAGCUCAUUGUCCAGCUGCUGAAGCUCGUUGUCGUCACCGCUCAGCUCAUACAGUUUGUCAACGCGCGCUACUCGUACGCCGACUUCGUCACAGGCAACAUGAUCGCCUUCGAGCACCUCUUCCUACGUGGCUGGGAUGCUGCGCGCGAGACCAAUGCCUACCCGCCGUCAACCGGCGCCUAUGCACUCUACGAAGUCGACGAAUUCUACGAACACCUGGACCACGCCGUAACGCGCUACCACGCGGUAGAGCACAUCUCCAUCGGCAUGUAUGCGUACGCCAAUGCUACUGGCGCUGCAACGUUCUGCCAGACGAGCUAUGCUGGGCAUGCGGCGAGGGGAGGCCGGCGGUGGCCACACGAGACCGCCUGCGUGGCGGUGCUGCCUUGGGACACGAUCAACAAGACGUUUACGUUCUCGUCGCGCGAGUUCCUUGCCGCCGCCAACGUCUCCAUUGAUUUCAGCUACCUCGUGUCGGCGACGCUCUCUCUGCGUCUCACUGCUGUCCACCUGAAGACAGCAUCACCGUACGAGAUGCCCGACUGCUUUGAGUUUGACAUCGAGAUCCUCUACGACAAUGUGGCGCACAACGGUCAGCUGCCCGUCUCGCUGACAACGUCGCAACAGCGGCGUGACUGCACUGGUGACGAUGCCGCAGCCGAUGACGACGACGUCGUCACUGCUGCUGACGACGAGGGUGACGGGGCGGACCUGACGAAGACAAAGGCAGCACUCGUGCUGCUGCUCAACAUCAUUGUCGUGGUUAUCUGCAUCGCGUCAGCUGUCCUCUGCCUGCGCUCGAUCGUGCUUGCAUUGCAGCUCCGCCGCGAGACGGCUGCGUUUUUCCGUGAGCACUUUGGCCGCGAGCUGUCGCCAUCUGACCGUGCCGCAUUCGUCAACCUCUGGUACGUGAUGAUUGUUGUCAAUGAUGUGCUCAUUGUCGUGGGAACGGUCAUCCGCAUGCAGAUCGACUACAAGCGCAGUGACAGCUACGAUGGCUGCAGUAUCAUGCUCGGCACGGGCAACUUGCUUGGCUGGGUUGGCUUGCUGCGCUACCUUAAGUUCUUUCCAAAGUACAACGUGCUGAUCCUGACGCUGCGCCGCGCGCUGCCCAACGUGCUGCGCUUCCUAGCGUGCGGCCUGCUCAUGUACUGCGGCUUUACGCUGUGCGGCUGGGCCGUACUCGGGCCGCACCACCGCAAGUUUGCCUCGGUCAGCGUGACGGCCGAGUGCCUCUUUGCGCUUAUCAAUGGCGACGACAUGUUUGCGACAUUUGCGGCGGCGAGCAGCACGCACGCAGGCACUCUCGUGUCGACAUUCGCGAGGCUGUACCUCUAUGUCUUCAUCAGCCUCUUCAUCUACGUAGUGCUCAGCCUCGUGCUCGCGAUCAUCCUUGACUCGUACGAGACAAUCAAGGAGUACUAUGAGAACGGCUGGCCGAAGAGCGACCUGUCAGAAUUCAUCGAUCGCUGCACGGACGCUCCGUCGUCUGGCGUCUUCCGCGAGCACUGCAAUUCGUGGUGGAUGAAGUACUGCACGUGCCGACGUGCGCGGAGCACUGGCAGCUCCACCGAACGAUCGCCGCUGCUCCCCCCUCCACCGUGAACACACGCCUCUCCUGCAGUAAUACACGCCCCUCCCUCAGUCAUGUACGUCCUUCCCUCAGUAACGCAUUCCUCACCCUUAGAAGGGCAUUCUCCCCCUGUUCGCAUGGCCCUUCUGAACGCAUGCGCGCCCCUCUUUCCUGAUCUUGUGUUCCUUCUCCUUGAAUGUAUGCCACUCCAUCUUGAACUCGUGCCCCUCCUUCCUAAAUUCAUGUCCCUCUCUCCUGAACGCACUCGCCUCCCUCUGAAAUGCAUACAACUACCUCCUCAACGCAUGCCCCUCCCUCUUCAAUGCAUAAACCUACCCCCUGAACUUGUGCCCCUCCCUCCUGAGUGCAUGUCGCCCCCCUCUCGUGUCCCUCCUCUUGAAUGCACGCCCCACCGUUCUGAAUGCACGCCCCUACCUCCUGAGUGUGCACGUUCUUCCUCAGUGCACCCCUCUCCCUCCUGAAUGCACAGCCCUCGCUCCGACAUGAUAGUAACAUCAAAUAUAUUUAUCGGUGUUGCUCUCCGGUGUUGGAAUUUUUAAUGUUUAGAUAAAGGAGAUUUUAGGUUUUCCUUGAGGAAUUUGAAAAUAAUGGUGAAGUCAUGUGCAAUUUUAUUGUGAAAUCCCAAUUUAUGGUAUAGAAUGAUUAGGUAGUGUUAUGAUAUUAUGUAUGAUGUACAAUUAUCUUUUGUAUAUAUUGAAUGAGUGCUUAUGUAAUGGUACCUUAAUGAAAUUCUGUCAUCUGUGUUACCUCGUGAUCACCCGUUAACUAGAAAGAACGUGAUUUAUUUAUAUAACAAAGAAUAACGUCCAGAACCUAAUGGGUUCGGAUCUGUCAUCACUUGCUUUUCAAAUAUCCAGGGGCGGAUCCAGGGCUGAAGCUAGACAGUAUUUUUCCAGAUUUUGAGGGCACAUUCCUCAAAAAGGGCA